GCGAUCGCAGCUCAAACAACAUCGUUUGCCUCGUUCCAAACGGGGCGACUGUUGAUGGUGAGCUGAUCCAUCUUACGUGGAGCAAGUCCGGCGAGCAAGGUUUCAUCCCAGUGCAGCACCUUGAGCAGCGAGGCCCCAAAACCUGGGUCCUGAAGCGUUCGCGGCAGCUGCUUCGG